UUCUUGACAGCGUCAUUCCUGUAUAUCAAAAAACUUGCGAUGGCGAAUCCAAUUUGGUGUGUCAUAUGGUUUUUGGUGCUGAUAUUACCAGCUUUCCCCAUAGCUUUUUUCUGUGCUUUUUGGUAUGUGCUCGCGUAUUUUCUCUCUCCAUGUUUGUCGUUUUGUCUGGAUAUCUCCGAAAAGCUUCUAAGAGGCGUUCAGCUACCAGGUUAUGCAGCAGAAAGAAUGAUUCAUUGUCAAGGAUGUUGAGGAAAAUUAAAAAAGGAUAGUUUGACCAUAAUAUACAAAUAUAAUAUAAAACAAUGAUUUGGUUAUCGAUGUUAUUUAGUUUAAAAUGAAAUGUCAAUAUUAAUUACUCCGUAUAGCCAUAAGGUAGCUGAAAUAGCGUUAUGAAGUAAAAUUAAACGAAAUCAUAUUUGGGCUUUGAAUGAUGGGUCGAA